AACCUUCCUCUCCUUAUUAUUCUCCUCCCAUUUUCAUCUCCGCCGUCUCCAGACAAAGCAAGAAGAGUGCGAGAACCGAGGAUUUCUCUUGCUCUUCUUCUUCUCCGAUCGCGAUUCGCUUUCUUCAUUCUCGAGGUUUAUAAAAGAUGGCCGAUGCAGAGGAUAUUCAGCCCCUCGUCUGCGACAAUGGUACUGGAAUGGUGAAGGCUGGGUUUGCUGGUGAUGAUGCACCCAGGGCAGUUUUCCCAAGUAUUGUUGGUCGUCCCAGACACACUGGUGUUAUGGUUGGGAUGGGUCAAAAGGAUGCUUACGUAGGUGAUGAAGCCCAAUCCAAGAGAGGUAUCCUUACCUUGAAGUAUCCCAUUGAACAUGGUAUUGUCAGCAACUGGGAUGACAUGGAGAAGAUUUGGCAUCACACUUUCUACAACGAGCUUCGUGUUGCUCCAGAAGAGCACCCAGUGCUUCUCACUGAGGCUCCUUUGAACCCCAAGGCUAACAGAGAGAAGAUGACCCAGAUCAUGUUUGAGACAUUCAAUGUGCCUGCCAUGUAUGUUGCCAUCCAGGCCGUUCUCUCCCUUUACGCCAGUGGUCGUACAACUGGUAUUGUGUUGGAUUCUGGUGAUGGUGUGAGUCACACCGUACCAAUCUACGAAGGUUAUGCCCUUCCCCAUGCUAUCCUCCGUCUCGACCUUGCUGGACGUGACCUCACAGAUGCUUUGAUGAAGAUUCUUACUGAGAGAGGUUACAUGUUCACCACCACUGCGGAACGGGAAAUUGUCCGUGACAUGAAGGAGAAGCUGGCUUAUGUUGCCUUGGACUACGAGCAGGAACUCGAGACUGCCAAGAGCAGUUCCUCGGUUGAGAAGAACUAUGAGCUGCCUGACGGCCAAGUCAUCACAAUCGGAGCUGAGAGAUUCCGAUGCCCAGAAGUCCUCUUCCAACCAUCUCUCAUUGGAAUGGAAGCUGCAGGAAUCCACGAGACCACUUACAACUCUAUCAUGAAGUGUGACGUGGAUAUCAGAAAAGAUCUCUAUGGAAAUAUUGUGCUCAGUGGUGGUUCAACUAUGUUCCCUGGUAUUGCAGACAGGAUGAGCAAGGAGAUCACAGCUCUUGCUCCUAGCAGCAUGAAGAUUAAGGUUGUUGCUCCACCAGAGAGAAAGUACAGUGUCUGGAUUGGAGGGUCAAUUCUUGCUUCCCUCAGUACCUUCCAGCAGAUGUGGAUUUCCAAGGGCGAGUACGACGAGUCUGGUCCGUCAAUUGUCCACAGGAAGUGCUUCUGAGUUUUAUAAGUGCUUUGAUGGUGAGUUAUUUUUACAUUUAGUUGGGUUUUUUUUUUGUGUCAUGUGUCAUGUGAACUCAGUUUGGUUGAAGUGGACAAGUAUUGAAUUGAGAGAAGGAUAAAAUUGGGGUCAUUGAAUUCACGCUUGUCAUCGUUCUUUGUGAGAGAAGCUUUUUUAUCUGCAGUGGCCCUCUUGUAUGUGGGCGAUAAAUUGGUUCAAACUCCCUCGCAGCCCAUCAUCAUGAUGAUCAUCAUAUCUAUGGUUCAACCCGUCUCUUUCUGUAGGAUGUUUGUAGUUGGAGAGUGAUUUGUGUUUUUUUUUUAAUCUUUUAUUUUUUUCUUUUCCCAAUAUUUUGACGGUUUUUUCCACCCAGAGAACAUUAAUGUUAAUAGUUAUUGUAUCUGAAAUUCAGUUAGUGUCAGUUUGCGGUCAUAAACUUGCUAUGAAAUUAUAUUAAAAUA